GAACAGGGUCUGAUUGAUUUUUCUGAUUCAAUUUAUCAUAAAAAUGUAAACAUAUACUUUUUAAAUAAUUAAAAAUACGCGAUAGGUACGUUUUUCUGUUUUCAAAACACGGUCGCGCUCGGUUCAAGCGAACCCGGAAAUGCAGAUAGGCCUCACUCUGACUCCAGCACUGCUUUCUCAACAGACUAGCUGGUCGUUUCUGUGUCGUGAACGUUAGCAAUUUUCUGGUUUGAAAUGGCGUGAAAUUAGACGCUGUGAAAAUAAUGUUUAAGGAAAUAACAAAGGAGUCCAGUUUGAAGAGUGACCAGUAAAGGAAUCCGGCUUCAAUAUGGGGAAUUCACCGUCCAAGACCGGCAAUGCCGAGGAAUUGGUGAAAACUACUUUGUUUGAGAGGGAGAGGAAUGGAAUCACAUACAGGAUUCCUGCCCUUGUUUAUCUCAGGCACUGUCACACAUUCCUGGCUUUCGCAGAGAAAAGGACCUCACCCAGUGAUUGCGAUGCGAAAAUACUUGUAAUGAGGAGGGGGACACUGAAGGAAGACGGAACUGUGCAGUGGGCUUCCAGUGAGGAGAUGACCACAGCCUCUUUCCCGAACUACCGCACCAUGAGCCCCUGCCCCGUGUUCGAGAAGAACAGCCGGACGUUGUUCCUGUUCUUCAUCUGCGUCCGGGGAAACACCACGGAGAGGAAGCAGUGCAUUACAGGUAAGAACAGGACACGCCUCUGCUGUGUGAGCAGCAGCGACGACGGACACACCUGGAGUCCCGCCACAGACUUAACCGAGAGUGUGAUCGGAGAAACCAUCCACAAGUGGGCCACGUUUGCUGUGGGCCCCGGACAUGGAGUUCAGCUGGAGAACGGCAGGUUGAUCAUCCCGGCCUACACCUAUUACAUCAAGUACCGAUGCUGUUCCUACCCCAUUCCCUUCACUGUCCUGCCAAGAGCGCUGUCCAUUUACAGCGAGGACUUUGGACAGACGUGGCACAUGGGUAAGAUGCUUGGGAAGAAGUCGUGCGAGUGUGAGAUGGCGGAGAUCAUCGACCACGAGGGCAGGAGUCACCUUUACUGCAACGCCCGCAACUCUGGCUACAGGUGCGAGGCCCUGAGUGAGAACAGCGGCGUGUACUUCGACAAACCCCACGUGGCCAGAGAGCUCGUCGAGCAGCGCUGCGGCUGCCAGGGCAGCGUCAUCGGAUUCCCUGCCCCUGAAUUUGUACCAAACGAUGACGCGGAAAGCAAAGCCUGCGGCACGUCGCUCCUGUCACCUGACACGCAGACCUGGCUCCUCUUUAUGCAUCCGACCAAUAAGUCCAGCAGGCGAGACAUGGGCCUGUACUUGAACCGAUCCCCGCUGCACUCGUCAGGGUGGGACAAACCCCGCAUCGUUCACCGCGGACCAAGCGGCUACUCAGACCUGGCCUACAACGGAGACAAGGAUCAGUUUUCCUGCCUGAUGGAGUGUGGGAAGGAGAGCGAACUGGAGCAGAUCUCCUUCAUGUCCUUCACCCUCAACGACGUCAUGCAGACGGGAAGUAAGAAGGAGAACAAGCUGCAGUGAAGUGCGUGGGGUUUGUCUGUGCUCUCACCGACGUUCUACCAAGUUCUCAUUCAACCCACGAGACGACGCUCGAUAUACCGUGCAGUAACAUUAGUCCGUGUUUACUGUUGUUCUACAUCCUGGAGAUAAAAAUGCAUGAGCCGUGUGUUUUGUCGCCUCCCUGUGGACAUGAAAACAUAACUGAAGUCUCAAUAGUUUAAUUAUGCAAGCAGUUGUACAAGGACGAAAACGGAGUUUGUUUUUGUUUAAGUGCUUGAUUAUAAGCAUGCGGCGACGGAGGUGGUUUUGAACGCAGGCGAUCGGUGUAGCACGAUGACUCACUCACUGCAGCGUCUUAUCGUUUGUUAGCCGUUCCUCCUUUAAGUUCUCUCUGAGUUUACAGUAACCACUAACCACGUGAGGCCCCUGAGGUUGACCUGUAGUACUGCUCUGUCGCCACUAGUAACGGCAUAAACAAGGCAACUUCUUAUUUCAUUAUUGAUGACAUUGAUUCCUGUUCCUAAUUAUUAUCUAAUUAAAUUAUUCUUUGGGCGUGGGGGGGGGGCAGAUUUAAUAUAAUAAAAUGCACGAAUAUAAAGUGCAAACUGCUGUUAUUAGGACUGUUGAUGCUAACGUUAGCUCUGGUGCUUGUACCAGGACUGUUGAUGCUAACAUUAGCUCUCGCAUCUGUACCAGGACUGUUGAUGCUAAAGUUAGCUCUGAUUCUUGAACCAGGACUGUUGUCGGUAACAUUAGCUGUGCAGUGAUAAGACAGUUUGGACACGAACAUUUUCUGAUCCAAGCUGCACUCAGAAGUUUUUUUUUUUAAUUUAAUUUUGGUUGAUUUUCGCCAAACAAGUCGACCAACUUGGCCUUGUCUUCCAUCACCAAACAAUGUUUUGUGCACUGAUGUCACUCAGUGUAUCUUGUUCAUCUUUCUGGCAGCUGGUAAACAGACCUGAGGUGAAUGACCACCACCUACUGGGCAGGAGUUUGUGCAUUGGCAUUACUGAAAAGGUUGUGAUCAUAUGGUCAAUUCUGCUUUUGUAAUUUAUUAAUCAAAAUAUACAGUCUCAGCCGUAGCUUAUCUACUUCGCAGCGAUGGGGAGAUAUAGUCCACGUCUACAUAUAUACUGCAUAAAACAAAUUGAGCUGAAAAAUAUGUUGAAGUACAUACGUCCAGCGUCUACAUUCCAUUGAUUUAAAAAUCAAAUGUUCUAAUAGCAGCUGUUGGUCUUGUGGAGAGAAUCAGAUCGUUUUCUUUUUACCUCGUUUUCUUUUUACUUUUUACCUUCAUUUCUGAAGCAAUAUUUAAUUUUCAUCCUGUUUUUUUUUUACACUUUCAGCAGCGUUGCCUUGGACCAGCGGGUUUUUUUUUUCCGUUGUCACUGGUUCUUCUUCAUGUGUUAGCAGCUGUGAUUGGCUGGAUGUUAGUUACCAUAUGGAAGCAUGUGACACCAGAUGAGCAUACACUGUUUGCGUACAGACACACACACACACAGACACACACUGAGAUCUUGUAGUGAGCAGCGUGGACGUCCUUCCUGCCUAACACGGUUGAAGGCGAUUUGGCGUUAGUUGCAUCGUGUUGCUGUUGACUGUCGUGGAAAGUGACCGAACAAUCUGCAUGAAACAUGUAUUUUAGUAGAAAAUAAAACUUUACCUGAAAUCCA